UAUCCCCAUCUGAUUCAAGUAUUUGGACCACUUGUAGAUGUAUGGACAAUGAGGUUUGAGGGAAAACACAAGUUCUUUAAACGGGUCAUUCGUGGAGCCCACAAUUUCAAAAAUGUUCCUCUGACUUUGGCUGAAAGACAUCAAAAGAUGAUGGCUUACCAUUUGGAGUCUGCUUCAUUUUUCAAACCAGCAUUGGAAUUGGACAAAGUGAAGAGUGUCAUGAUUUCUUCCUUCCCAGAUAAUGUGCAGCAGCAUUUGUUGGCAAGACAUGCACCUCAAAACACAGUCCUUGCAGCUACAUCUGUUAGCAUAGAUGGUAUUAAGUAUGCAGCUGACAUGGUGGUGUCUGUUGGUUCAUGUGCAGGCCUUCCAGAAUUUAGGCAGAUUCAGCAGGUUCUGGUUGUGGAUACCAAUAUUUUGUUCAUUUGUAGGGAAUUGUUUGCAUGGUACCAUGAACACCUCAGAGCAUACGAAGUCUGCAAAAGUAGCUCAAACUUGCUUGUAACUCACUUGAAAGACUUCAAUGAUGUCUUUCCCCUCUCUGCCUACAGAGUGAAAGGCAAGUUGUUUGUGACCCUGAAGCAUUAUAUUUUGUGCUGAUGUCAUAUUUCAUUUUUUCAGAACUAUGGAGCAGUCCUGGCCAGUUAGGGUGGUGGUUGGUGAAAGUGACAUCCGAAAAGUAACUUUCCACAAAAGACCUGAUACUUUGGAGGAGCUACUAAGCGAGUUGAAGAAACGUCUUGGUCUGCAGUACAACUUCAUGCUUCACUAUGAAGACCCGGACUUCAACAAUGCUUUUUGCAACCUCACAGACAUAAGUGAGCUACCUGAUAGACCAACACUGAAGAUUAUCAGUCUGGAAAAUGUAGGUAUAAUAUUGUCUGCAGCCAGUCCAUCGUCUUCAGCCAGUGCAUUGUCUUCAACUUAUGCUCGGUCUUCGCCUAAUUCAUCUGACACAGAAAUACUGCCUCACACUGAGGAGACCACAGCACUGACCUCACAUGACCCAUGGCCUUCUACAUUUGAGGUGCCAUAUUUCUCUGUGAAUACUGAAUAUAGACUGAGGCAGGGAAACUUAAUUUAUAUGAGAGAUGGCACACGCAAGUCAGUUUCACGAGACAUGAAGCAUGACAUUCUGCAGAAACUAGCUGAGGAGAUGUACAAGUUCUCGGCUUACCCACAAGAUGAACACUUCACAACUGUUGCUGCAGCACUGAUUGCCAAGCACCCUUGCCUUGCUGAGCCAGGGUCACCCAUGGGCUGCUAUGGAUGGAAGAAUAGUUUAAAAUUCAAAAUGGGAAAUUUCCGUUCCAAACUUCGCAGAUGUGGAAUUGCAGAUGUGGUAGUCAAUGGUAAUAAGAGAGCACAGCAGAACCCAGAUGGUGACCCACCUCGAAAAAACCUGAAGAGACCCAGAAGAAGUGAGACAAACUUUCUGCCAGAUCUUCCGCUUGGUCAGGAUGCAUCAAUGCUUGAAAGGUCUAGACAGCUGCUUGAAAAUGAAAUGAAGAAAAGGUUCCCAGAUGUAGCACUUGUGAAUCAGCUGAGGAGCCAGACCUUCUCUUUAAGACACAAAGAAAUUGUGGAAGAGCAGCCCUCUGUGAAAGAGAUGUUGGGACGGUGGCCAGCCCUCUUCAGAAAACAACAGGUCUUUGCAGAAUUCACAAGAGUGGCAAGCCAAGAUCUUGAGCAAGACUUCUUUGAGUCGUUGGACCGACAUACCCCACGUUUCCUGGAGAUCUUCAAAUCAAAAGGUGGAAUGGUUGGAAGGACGCUUGCAGAGAUUCUUGCCCAGGUUGAAACAAGGACCCGUGAUGUCAGAGCCAUGAGGACUGCUGUCCUGCGAUGUCUUCCAGUUUUCCUUGGGGAUGAUGGAAGUGAAUUUUUCAAAGUCUGCUUUGACUCUCAUGCCACUGCAGAUGUCACACAGGUACCGGUUGGGGUAUUGACUGUGAUACCUGAAGACAGUCAGCUGCCAGGUCCACAUGCCCUGCCCCUCGAACCAUCCAGCACUGCCAUCAUACUAGAAGGUAUUAUCGUCAUGGAUGACAUUGAAAGCCACGCACAAGCUUUUUGCAUUUUAUUUGGACGCGUAUACCCUCUUCAUCUGGAUUAUCCAAAACGACUGAAGAACACCUUCGAUUUUAUUCAGUGGGUGAUUCUUAACAUCGGUUACGGUCACCUGAGGCCAAAACUUCAGAGCUUGAAAAAUGCUCUUUUGCAGUAGGUGGAUUUACUGCAGGUAGAUCCUUAAAAUAGCAAAGGAUCCUGGAGAAUAGAUACUUGAUUUGACUGUUCAAAAUUCUUAGAAAGUCAGUCAUAGAUUGGUUACUUGUUAUGCUGUUAUAAUGUUAUAGUUUCAGUACUGUCUCAACUUGUGGGAUUUCAGUUGGAGGUUUGAGUCCUCUUUGAAUAACCAAAACUAGCUUGUGAAGUAAAGAAACAUUUGAGUGUAAUUGACAUUAACAGUCUUGUGAAAAUAGAGCUCACUUUUUUUGAGAAGUAGUCAGGUGUUUGUGUUUUUACCCAAAUGUUUGUUUUAAAAUGUUUAAAGUGCCAAAUUUUAUUUGUGGGACACACCACUCCCAAAUUCUAGAUGUUACAGAAUGAAAAUAGACAGGUAAAGGAUAUGCCUUGUCUCAUGGAAAGUUUAAUUUCACUAUGUUGAUGUAUACAACAAAAAUUAUUUCCUGGGUAACUGAAUAGUUUAAGACUUACAAUUUAUUGUGGUCAUUGAUUAUUAGAUAAUAUCCUUUUUGUCUAUAAACAAACCUGGUUAGUUUGCUAUCAGCAGAUAUAGCACAGUUUUAACACCAGUGUUAUGUUUUGUUGUUUUGUUUAAGUUAAAAGCAUAAGCAUGUAGCUUGAGAGUCGGCUAAACCUUAAUUGAUAAUUGGUUUUGUGAAAAAACUGUCAUGGAGCCUUGUUGACAUAAUUUGUUGUUCAAAUAAAUACUAUGACCC